AUGGCGACUUUGAAGUAUCUGUAUGUCAUUCUUGGUAUUUUGCCGCUGCGUCAACUGAUCGCUUCGCAGUUGAAAGAUGAUGUGUUUCUGAUUCUGGCUCCUCGAGAUCUUACCCUCCAGGAGAAGGAGGGGGUUAUGGAGACAAGUCGAUAUAAGCGUAUUGUCAUAGAAAACAACGCUGUCAAGGCCUCUAUGAGGGAGGCACCAGUUUCUAACAAGACAAAAAGAAAAUCGGCGAGAAGCGGAAAACAUAGAAAAGAAAAGCCAGCCUCUAGCCAGUCUUCGUCUCAAAUCACAACUGAGGAUCCUGAGCUUCCCGAUACAAGUCAAAUCCCGCUGUUUGAUGCAAUGACACAGGUUGUUCCUUCGCUGGAGCCCAAGGCUCAUACAACACCGGAUCAAGUCUUGGUUGUUGUUGAAAAUGUCGCAACGGACGAGGGAGGAAGAACCUUACAAGGCUUGUACGCAACUCCAGUUGCAAGCGGUGAGACUUCCAAGGUAUUCGGAGUAGAAACUCGCUUGUCAUUAAAUGGGCAUCUUCUCAGUUCAAGAGAUGUCGUCCGAAAGUGCGCGGUCAAACGUCUACAUGAAUCUACAAGUCCUGAGCAAUUCUGGGCCGAAUAUGAGUCCUUGAAGCGUCUGAAAAGCUUGAAUCAUCCUCACCUGAUAGAGACACUCUCUGUCUUCAGAUCCGAGAUGGGUACGACACAGCACUUCAACUUCCUAUUUCCAUUGGCUCUUUCGAACUUGAAACGUCUCUUUCGCGAUCCUUAUGUCCCAGUAACCCUUCGAAACCGAAAUCUUGAUUCUCUUUGGGGCCAGAUUCCCGGGCUUUCAAGUGCAGUUGCCUACCUUCACGACUCUGCUCAUAUGGCCCAUCGCGACAUCAAGCCGUCAAAUAUCCUGAUCUAUGAGGAGCCUUCCGGUACAGGACUUUCUCUCAAGCUCACAGAUUUCGGGUUGUCAGUCGAUCUAUCUAGAGCCAGGACCUGGGAGCAAGGCAGUCGAGCUCGUCAGUCAGCUUGGCUGUAUGACUCUCCAGAAGUUCGGAACGCGUCUCCCAUGCCAGGGGUAGAAACGAGCGCAAGAAUCAAGAUCCCUUCUUCAUCAGAUUUGAUGGCUAAUGACGUAUGGAAAUUGGGAUGCGUGUUUACAGAGAUGCUUGCAUAUCUGGUCUGUGGAGGUGCCUCUGGUGUAGAGGCGUUUCGCGACCACAUAACAACUACAGAAGACAAUAUUUCUUCUGACGUGUUUAACGAUACUCGCUUCGAUGAUGGUGAGCAGGUCAAACCUCAGGUUCUCGAAUUUAUUGAGCGAAUGGCGUCCAAGGACCAUCGAGCUGAGAUGUUGCAAUCCGUUGUCAGUGACAUGCUUGCCAAAUCGGCCUUGAGGCCUACAAUAGCAUACAGAGACUUUCCGAAUAUCAGCUGGAAUGACGGCUUAAGAGUAGUUCGUUUCGUUCCAGGGGAUCGUUUUUCACGCUCACGCUUCGAUACCGUAAGACUCAAGAUUGAGGAAUGGACUGGUCGGCCAAUAGACUGGACUCCAUUACAACAACCAGUGCCAAAAGUUGAUGCCUAUGACCAUGUAGUAACUUGGGAAUGGCACGGCAUUGACUUAUCUCUUGCUCUUUCAUAUGAUGACUUUUGUCGCUACAGAGCAACAUGCCUCCCUUUGACCACUAACAAUGUUCCCCUUCUCCCUUUUACACGACAAGGCUUCAAGGCACAACAAACAGCGAAGCUAAGACCCCCUAUGCAACCUUCUAAUCUCGCACAAGCAUCUCAGACCUCUCUCGGCACUAAUAUCCUCGCCACCAAUGCUCCCCCGGCAGUACAAACAUCCGUAGAUACAAAGGACAUUUACUGGUGCAUUGAGAAAAACUUUACAGAGCCAACAGAGAUAUACCUUUCCCCCAUUGAGAACGCAGAGACUUUAGACGACGAACAGCUGUUUCGUCAGGUCAACAAGGCCAUUGGUAGCACAGAGGGCUGGGUACGCCGACUCUUGUCAUGGAAGCGUUGUACUGCGAUCGAUUUUGUUCAGUUCCUUGUUAUCUGGGAAAACAAAGACCAAGUCAACCCUAUCCAGAAAGAGCUUCCUCCCCCUAAUACUCCAUUCUACAACCAUUCUGUUCCUUUGCCUCACGACUUUCACAUGAGAGCAGCUGGAUUGCAGAUGGUAUUUGGAUUGCGUGAUCCAAAAAAGGGCAGAGGAGAAACAACUAUUGUUGAUAUGCUUCCCAAGAAGAGAAACCCUCCCCCUUUCUCGAAGCGAAUAUCAGAACCUGGCUGGGGUCUGCAUGCCCAGAUGGGGUUCUCUCAGCGAAGGUUCCUGGCGUGGCUGGUCUUCUGCAUUAUCUUGGGUGGAAUCUUUGUGAUUUUCUGGCUGGUCUUUAUUAACAAGACGGACCUACAGAAUGCCUAUAUUCCUACUUUUCUUUUUGCAACUUUACUGACUGUUGGGCUGGGAUUGCUUCAGGUAGCGUACUGA